AUGGCAGACUUCAAUAUUCGAGGGAAACGGAUCAUUGUGACCGGUGGAUCCCGUGGCAUAGGGGCUGCCGCCACGCGCUUCCUCGCCAGCCAGGGUGCUCGUGUGGUUAUCUUCGACAUUAGAGAUGACCUUGGAAAGGCUGUUGCCGAAGAUGCAUCCGCCAGAUUUUCCACCCAGGUCAGCUACCUGCCCGUCGACGUUUCCAAGAGAAAAGAGACCGUGGAUGGUGUCGAUGCUGCGGUGAAGAUUCUGGGCGGCUUGGACGGUUUGAUUAGUGCAGCUGGGAUUUUACGUCCAUGUCCGGCAGAGAACAUCAGCGAAGCAGAUCUGGACCAGAUAUUGGAUGUCAAUCUCAAAGGAACCAUCUACAUGAACCAAGCAGUCUUCCCUUACCUCAGAGACAACAACAACAACGCCGGAGGCACCAUUGUCAACAUCGGGUCCGACGCGGGUUUGGAUCCCGUUGUUAACCAGGCACAUUACGCCGCGUCCAAGGGAGGCGUGCAUAGCUACACUCGCACAGUCGCAUACGAGUGGGCGAAAUAUAAGAUCCGUGUCAAUGCAGUCGUGCCGGCGAUGCGCACAGACAUGGUCAAUGACUUGUUGCAAGUGGUCCCCGAGGAGAAGCGCAAGGAGGCGCUCGAAGAGCUUGAGAAGUGGCUAGCAACCAAGAUACCUCUCGGUGGCAGGCUCGGUGAUCCCGAUCUGGACUUGGCUCCUGUCCUGGCUUUCCUUGUGUCGGACUCUUCUCGUUUCGUUACCGGUCAGCUGGUUCCCGUCAACGGGGGUAUGGGUGGCUUUCCAAUUGCUGAACCGCAUGGGUCCUCAUCACAAUGCGUCAAUUUGACGUCGAUCGAACUAUCACAAUGGAUUCAAUUAAAAUUAGGGCAGGGCAGAUAUAAGAUCAUGAUCCAUGAUCCCUUUCCCAUCAUGGCCAACCUAACGAGAAUUAAGCUUAAUACCGGAGUUGAAAUUCAGGCUCUCGGUUUUGGCACCUGGCAAGACGAGCACGCCCAAGAAGAAGCCGUUCUAGAAGCGAUCAAAGCGGGAUAUCGCCACAUCGAUACGGCUAGAGUAUAUGGAACCGAGAAAGCGGUUGGAAAAGCCCUCGUAAGAGCCAUUAAAGAGUUAGGGGUGCCUCGCCAUGAGCUCUUCGUGACAACCAAGCUGUGGAACAACAAGCACCAUCCGGAUGACGUUGAGCAAGGCCUCCAGGAUUCGCUCAAUGAUCUGCAACUGGACUAUAUCGACCUCUUCCUGAUGCAUUAUCCAAUAGCCUGGAAGCGCGGAGAUGCUUUCUUCCCCGUGGAGAAUGGGAGACCGGCUUUGAUAGACAUUGACUACGUGGACACGUACAAAGCCAUGGAAAAGCUGCUCGAGACCGGAAAGGCCAAAGCCAUUGGAGUCUCCAACUUCUCCAAGGCAGAGAUGGAGCGGUUGCUCCAGAACACGACGGUGGUGCCAGCGACGCAUCAGUUCGAACUGCACCCAUGGUUGCAGCAGAAAUCCUUCGUUGAAUGGCACCGGUCCAAGGGGAUCCAUGUCACCCAGUACUCGCCGUUCGGCAACCAGAACGCGUUCUACCGCGGACCCCAGCACAUCGGCAAGCUCAUUGAUGAUCCUGUACUGAACGAAAUCGGCAAGAAGUACGGGAAGAAUGGCGCACAAGUCGCUCUUGAGAGCAAAGCCACAUGGCUGAGGAUUGCAAACACAUCAUCCGAUGCUCAGGUGUGGAUGUCAUUCAGUAAUCAUUCAGCAAUCAUGGUGGCUCAUGAGACCGGACAGCAGGUCGCGUGUUCAGACAGUAGGAAACUCGAGCUGGAAGAACAAAUGACUGCAGCCCGAUUUCUAAUCGCCUGCGGACGGCUAAGCCUGGCGCAUGGAUCCCCCGCGGUUCUCGAUUCUUCUCGCCCGGGAUCCAGUCGCCUUUCGCAGGACUGGCGGCGUCCACCAUUGAACAAAACACGACGGCUUCGCGAAAAUGAGCUCUUCUGUGGCCCUGCGCGACGCCGCAGUUCGCAUCUCGAAGCUGCUGGUGCUGUCGUACAUUAUCGAUUGGAUCCUCAUCAUGUGCGUAUACCCAGCAACUCGUUUUUCCCUGUCAGUGGUGUCGCUGCAAUAGGAGCCGGGUUCAGCAAGGUCCAGGGCAACCAGAACCCGUUUUCCCUCACCGACUUGAGCAUCUCCUAUCCGUACGAUCUCCAUGAAACCGUGUCGACUUCCACCUUGGUGCUGGUCUCCCUGGUGGCUCCCGCAGCGCUCGUGGUGAUCCUCACCUUCUUCUUCGUCCCCAGUCCCACCGCCCUCAGGGGCGCGCCCUGGGCGCUCAUCUGGCGGCGCAAGAUCUGGGAAUGGAACGCAGGCUGGAUGGGACUGGGCGUCGCUCUGGCCGGGGUGUUCGUCGCGACUGAAGGGCUGAAGGAUCUGAUGGGAAAGCCCAGACCAGAUUUCCUCGCGCGCUGCGACCCGGAUGUAUCGAAGAUUGCGACCUACGCUGUCAGCGGACUGGGAAAGCAGGUCGCGGGCGCUCCAACGCUGGUGACCUGGGAGAUCUGCCGGAAUCAAGGUUAUGAUGUCAAGGUCGACGGGUUUGCAAGCUUCCCCAGUGGCCAUUCCUCGUUCUCUUUUGCCGGCAUGACCUACCUGACUCUGUGGCUUUGCGCCAAAUUCUCCAUCUCUUUCCCAUAUCUAGGUCCUCGUCCAUAUGCUUCCAGCUUGCCUGCUGCCGCCAUCGCCUCAGGGGCUGACCAUGAGGACACGAAUUUCGAAAAUUCCAAACGGGUUCCGGAGCAGCCCACCUCGUCGUCACCACCAUCGUCAUCGUCAUCGCCCUCAGCCAUCUCCCUACGGAGCCAAGGCGCUGCUCCCCCAGUCUAUCUCCAGAUCAUUGCAUUCGUGCCGUUGUGCGUCGCAGCCUUCAUCGCCUCUUCCCGCUGGUUCAACCACCGCCACCACGGAUUCGACAUCCUUUUCGGUUGUGCGCUGGGUAUCCUGUUCGGCUGGGUCGGCUUCCGUCUGUACCACGUACCGAUCCAACGCAGUGACGGCUGGGCGUGGGCCGCCAGGAGCCGUGGACACGCGUUCAUCAGGGGGAUCAGCUUCACCGAUCUGGUCAGCGCAGAAGGCUGGGCCAGCAACACGCCAGCUUCAAGGGUACAAGUCCAUGGUGACGAUGGUCUUCGUCAGGACGUUUGA